AUGCUCACCACCCUCCCUCCCUCCGACUCCCUCCUGGGCAACCCGUUUUCCGCCUUCUCCGGCGGCUUCAUUUCCUGGGACGACGACUCCCAGCACCUACUCUCCCCAAAACCAGUGACUUCCAGCUCCGGCUCCGAGAAACCCGACCCAGACCCGGCUGAACCGGACCAAGCGGUGGUCUCGGUGAUGGACGAGCGAAAACGACGGCGAAUGAUAUCGAACCGCGAAUCUGCCCGCAGGUCUCGCAUGCGAAAACAGAGACACCUGGAGAACCUUCGGAACCAGUUGAACAAGUGCAGGGUCGAAAACCGGGAACUGAAUAACCGGUUGCAGUUCGCCCUGCACCACUCUAACCGCCUCCGAACCGAAAACGAAUGGCUCCGGUCCCAGCGAACCCUCCUCCGCCAAAAAGUCGCCAACUUAACCCAAAUUUUGAUUUUCCAACAAUUCCAACAACCCAUCUCCCCUGCAUGGACAUGCAACACUUCGCUCAUCCCUAUUAAUCAAGUUAAUUAA